GGUCCCCCGCGCCCCGCGGGCCCCGGCAGGAUGCACGCCGCGCUGGCGGGGCCGCUGCUCGCCGCCCUCCUCGCCACCGCCCGCGCCCGCCCGCAGCCCCCGGACGGAGGACAGUGCCGGCCGCCCGGAUCGCAGAGGGACCUGAACUCCUUCCUGUGGACGAUUCGGCGCGACCCCCCGGCCUACCUGUUCGGUACCAUCCACGUGCCCUACACCCGCGUCUGGGACUUCAUCCCGGACAACUCCAAGGCGGCCUUCCAGGCCAGCGCCCGCGUCUACUUUGAGCUCGACCUGACGGACCCCUACACCAUCUCGGCGCUGGCCAGCUGCCAGCUGCUGCCGCACGGCGAGAACCUGCAGGACGUUCUGCCCCGCGAGCUCUACUGGCGCCUGAAGCGCCACCUGGACUACGUGAAGCUGAUGAUGCCGUCGUGGAUGACGCCGGCGCAGCGCGGCAAGGGGCUCUACGCCGACUACCUGUUCAACGCCAUCGCCGGCAACUGGGAGCGCAAGAGGCCGGUGUGGGUGAUGCUCAUGGUGAACUCGCUCACCGAGACGGACGUGCGCUCCCGGGGCGUGCCCGUGCUCGACCUCUACCUGGCGCAGCAGGCGGAGAAGAUGAAGAAGAGCACCGGGGCCGUGGAGCGCGUGGAGGAGCAGUGCCAUCCGCUCAACGGGCUCAACUUCUCGCAGGUGCUGUUUGCCCUGAACCAGACGCUGCUGCAGCACGAGAGCGUGCGGGCCGGGAGCCUGCAGGCGCCCUACACCACCGAGGACCUCAUCAAGCACUACAACUGCGGGGACCUCAAUGCCGUCAUCUUCAACCAUGACACGUCCCAGCUGCCCAACUUUAUCAACACCACCCUCCCGCCGCACGAGCAGGUGACGGCCCAGGAGAUUGACAGCUACUUCCGCCAGGAGCUCAUCUACAAGAGGAAUGAGCGGAUGGGGAAGAGGGUCAUGACGCUGCUGCAGGAGAACGAAGACAAGAGCUGCUUCUUUGCCUUCGGAGCAGGUCACUUUCUGGGCAACAACACAGUCAUUGAUGUUCUUCGGCAGGCAGGGCUCGAGGUGGAGCACACACCCGCGGGGCAGACCAUCCACAGCCCUGUGGCCCAGAGCUCAGCAUCUCCACCGGCAAGGACCUCGGCGAGCCCCACCGCAGCGACCCCAGCUGCCGCCGUCCCCCCCGCACCCUCCCCGACCCCCACCGCCGCACCUGAAGAGGAGGACCCGGCCCUCUCCCCACACCUCCUGCUUCCUGACAGCCUCAGCCAGCUGGAGGAGUUCGGGAGGCAGAAGAAGUGGCACAAGAGGCAGAACAAACACCAGCGGCCUCGGCAGUUCAACGACCUCUGGGUCCGCAUCGAGGACAGCACCACCGCCUCGCCACCCCCACUGCCCUUCCAGACGACGCAAAGCUCCGGGACGGCCAAGCCCCCCGUCCAGCUCUCCGACCUGCUGCAGCAGCAGGAAGAGCCAGGGCGGGCCAGCAACUCUGCGCCCAGCUCACAGCCCGCCCUGGGCCUCCUCCCCACCGUCGCUGCCAGCAUUGCUGCCCCCUUCCUGCUGCACACCCUGGGGCCCUCCUGACCUCGGCUGCCCGCCCACCCGCCCUGUGCAGACAGAGAGGCCAGAGAAAUGCCAGGAGGGUCUGCGGCCACAGCCACUGCCCCUGCCGCCACCUGCGGGGGUGUCUGACAGCUCGCAGGCAUCCAGACGGGGUCCGUUAGAACACUAGAGCUUUAUUGUACCUGAGUUACAUCUUCUUUUUUGUAGAAGGAUCUUAAUUUCCCAUAGUGCUAUGGGGCUCUUUUGUAAAAUAUGUGUCCAUAUUAAAAAAGAAAAAUGUAUUUAUUCUACCGAUAAAACUAUUUUUAUGUGGCCAAGGUUAAUGACCCCUUAGCCAGCCCCAGCGCCAACCCAGGAGGCGAACCCAGGUGGCCAGGACAUCUGCGACCUUGUGGAGACCAUGGCUUUGAACUGGCUUACGCUUGGCUCAGUGGAAGCCUCCCGGGUCUGGGUUCGGCUUCUCCCACCGCGGGGGCCUCAGAGGAAGGGGCAGGCAGACAGGCUUAGCUUUUGUGAAGCUGGAUUUGGGAGCCAGAGAUGUGAAUGCCGACGGGCCUUCCCUCCCUGGAUACAUCCUGGGGAAGGAAGAGCCUCUCGGAAAGGGAAUGCUGCUAUUUCGAAACCCCUGAGUGUCUGUGAACCGGCCCUCCAGAGCUCUUGGUAAGUGUUCCGACCAAAGCCCUGCGGUGUGGGGAGGGAUGCUGGUGCCGAGGGAGGUGGUCCCCGGCCCCGAGUGACAGGUGGUUAAAUGCACCAAAGACGGGAAGGCAGGUGGCCAAGAUCACAGAGCAGGUGGGCGGUCCGAGGUGUGAGUUCAGACUUCCCUGUUCUGGAAUUGUGAAUCCAGCUUGCCUUCCAGGAGAGGCUGUUGAAGUCAUAGCCAAAUGGAGUAAGUUGAGCCACGAGACAGGCGUGGGCGCACGAGGGCAGUUUUAGGGACAGAGCCUCCAGGAGUCCCGUGGUAACCCUGCUUGCAACGCACGCUGCCAUUGGUCCAAAGCCUGCAGCGUGGCAGGCACUUUGCACACUCAUUUUGUCACAGUGAGAUGUGAUCAUCCCCACUUCACAGAUGAGGAAACUGAGCCUCCGUAAAAGCUAAAGGGACUUGUUCAAUGUCACCCAGCCAGGACGUGGCCCUAGAUCCGUGUGAUUCAAAAGCUAUGCUUGUCCCCUGGACCAUAUUCUGUCAUGUUCUCUUUGCCCAAGGAAGCCACAUGGGGGGGCAGAAGUCACCCAGAGGGGCAGCCCGUGCUUCUUACUCCAGCCUGAGACCACGUGGUCGCUCUGGCACAUGUCCUCUGCCCGACUUGUCUUAUCUUGGAGCCAGUGAGAGGCUUUCCUGCCCACUCAGAGGCUGGGGGGUGGGGGGACAGCCAUGAUAGGCCUGCAGAGCCAGAGUAGACAAACGGGGGCCGGCAGGCCACUCAGACUCGGAGAAACUGACCUUGCUCCUCGGUCCCCAGGGCGGUAGCCAAGAAGGCAGAAGACCCAGGUUGGCUGCCUCCCAGCCGCCAGCCCUUACUGGGCUGGCAGCUCAUCAGUUACAGAGUCUCGGGACCCAAGUGCAGAAGGGGCCCUACACUGGACAGAUAAUAGCAGUGAAAGUAAAACCAAGGCCCAGAGAGAAGAGGUGUCUCCCCAAGGCUGCACAGCUGGGCCGAUCUGCCGACUCCCACUCCAUGCUCCCGGCGCCACUGCCCUGUGGGCUUCCUGGCAGGCCUGGUGGGCCUGAUUAGAACCAGUGCCGUCAUGCCCAGCUCGGUAGCUGUCUCCCUCUGAGACAGGAGAAUUCUGGGCAGCUGGUCCGAUGGUGAGAAGUCCCACGGCCAUCUUGGCAGGAAGCUGAAUUCUUUUCAGCUCUGAUCCAGAUGGAUGUGUUUGAACUUGAGACCUGGCAGAAGCCCUGAGCUCUACUUCAGAGAGGGUCCAGCCAGCCCCAUGGGUACCACACUGUAAACUGAACUUGACCCUAGCCAGGGCUGGAGUCCCUUUAUCCUUGGCAGAAAUGUGACUUCCUAUUUCGGAGCGGGAAGGGCUUUAGCUGACUUAUAAAGCAGGCUCAGAAGGCCUAUUGGACAUCAAACAGAUCAUGCAGAGUGCUAUUUGGAUGAGAUAAGUGUGAAAGAAUUAGAAACACACAGGCCAGAUUUCCCUCCGUUCAGGGCAGAGUGUGGCAUGAAAGGUAUUGAGAUGGAGCUUGAGGUUAAUUAAAGAUGAAGCAUUUGGUAAGCAGUCCAGGCACCUGACCGCAUGCCCAGACCUGUGCCAGGCACAGGGCCAAAGAGGUAAAUGAAUGCAGUGUGUGAUUAUCAGGCACACGCAGUGCCAGGCUCUAUGGUGGGGCCAGAUCUAGCUGCCUUUCUUGGCCCAGACCAACUCGUCAUCAAAUGGAACAAGCAGCCCCCAUCCUGGCUUUCUAGAAGGACCCAUAGAGGUCAUCUUGUCCAGGCCCCUGACCUCGGGCUGAUUCCCCAGAUCCCUCCUCAGGGCAUGCUGGGAAAUUCCAGACUCCCUCUACCACGCCCUCAAGUGUUUAAAGAAAGUCACCUGGGCAGCAGAUGGAUGGACCAACUGCCCAGGUAGACUUCAGUGGGACAGCCAGAGCCAGUGUCAGCUAGGCUUCUACAGCUCAAGUUCACGGGUCCCCAGGGGCCCACUGGCCAGGGCGUGAGAUGAGCUAAACUUGCCGAUCUAGGUCCCAGAAGAUCGGAGGCUCAUAUACGAAAGUCUGCAUGGCUGUGGCCCUUGAACCCUCUCUUCCUGGGCCAGGGUACCACCUUUCCAUCCGCAGCCCCUCACGCACUUUGGAAUGACCUGUCCACCACAGCUGAUAUUUUUUUUUUCCAGCACAUUCUUUGUGCCUCACCUCCUAAAAUGCCCCUGCUGCUCUGAGGGCAUCAUGUGUGUGUCUUAGGACUUUGACCUUUGGCCUUGAGGCAGGCAGAGUAGACUGAGAGCCAGCGUGUUCGUGGUGGCCCCGGGUCCCUUUCUGGGUCAGGUCUGGCCGUGUCUUCCAACCUCCCUCCCGGCCAUGCUGUCGCACCUGCAGCCAGGUGAAGCAGGGCUGUUGAGGUGUGUGAGUCAGGCGGCAGGGAGCUGAGAAGAGCCACGGAUGGCCCUUCCAGCUCUGAGAUUAAAAGAUUUGGAGUCCACAAGGUUGAGCGCGUACUGAUUGGCCAGGGUACCUUUGCCCAGAAAGACUGAGCAGGCUUUCCUCACGCCGCAUGCUCUAUCGUCCAGUGCUUGGCCUCGGUUAUAUUUGGGCAAGACUAGGGACUUGGGACCUAGGGACUUAGGCCCCUUGUCCCACCUGCCCAGUCUCUCGCCCAGGGCCAUGGUCACAAGGCUCCCAAAGAAAGGUUUUCCUAAAGGAAACCAUGAAAGUGCCAUGGAGGAGAGAGGUUCUGCCUGGCAGUUGCAGCUUUGCAGGUAUCCUGUGUGGCAGAGAACAGAACCAGGCCUGGGGACGUGUCCCUCAGCCUGGCAUUCUACCCGCUCCAAGAUUGGGCCCCUCAGACCGUGCCAGCUUUGGCUCCCAUCUCUCCCAUUCUGUGCCUGGCCAGAAUAGACAGGAGAUUUCACGCAUGCUGCUUCCUAGGCCUGGAAACGCCCUUCUCUUACCCUAACUGCUCAUCCUCUGAGGUUCAACUCAGAUGGCACCUCCUCCAGGAAGCCCUCUGGGUUGAGACCGUCCGUGUUUCUGCUCUCUGUCGGACUGUGAGCUUCUUGACAGCAAGAUCAUGGGAAUUCAUCUUUGUCCCCUCAUAGGACACAGAUGUGUGGCGAGGACAGAGGCAGGAAGGAGGGAAGGAAAGGAGAGGCAGACCUUAGCUCCAUUAGUGGGAGAGUCUGCACAGCCAAAGCUGUCGAAAGAUGCCAGGUGCCCCCACAGUUGGUGAGUCUCCCAUCAGGAGCAGUGUGAGCAGGGCAGUAGGCCCACUGGUAGGAGAGUUGGAGUCUUGGCAAGGGUGUGGGUAGGGUCCCUCCUGGCUCUUUAAUGCUCAGGUUCUUUCAACAUUGUUAUGUUUCCAAAAAUUCAUCUAAGCAGC